AUGGUUGGGGUGGAAUGGGAUAGGGUCGAAACCCUUGUAGAGUUCCUAAAGGCUGAGAGGCCAACUGAGCUAUCUGUACUUAAAACUACGAAAAGGAACAUAGUUAUUCCACCUGCCCAAUCAGUCAGAGUUUCCUGCCAUGUUAAUAAUGUUGGUUCUAUCGAAGACAGGAUACCGGUGUUGUUCGAACCAAACCUAGAAUGGCCGUGGUCUGAUGGUCUUGAAGUUCCAGAGACACUGACAACGAUUUCCAGAGGAUCACGAGUUAAUAUCCAA